CCUGGGGGUGACCCACUUGUCCUCUGCUUUGUUGAUUUUGCAAGUCCUAACCAUGCCAUGGUUGCUUUGGAUGCUUUACAAGAAUGAAUCUUCUGUUGUCCACCGUCCUUCCGGUCGUCUCCUUCGCACCAAGAGAAGAUUCAGGCCGCCGGAUUUCUGAACCAUGGACACGUCUCCCCUUCUCCGAGCUGCUAGGCAGGAACAAGGCGGGACAGAGGAGGAGGAAGUGGAGAAUUCUCCAGUGGAGCAGGUCGCCCUGACGGUCCCCGUGUGGGACGACACAACUCUCCCGGCGAUGACGUUGAGGACGUGGUUUCUGGGUGCCACGUCGUGCGCUCUCCUCUCCUUUCUGAACCAGUUCUUCUGGUACAGAACGGAACCGCUGAGCAUAUCGUCGGCGUUCGCGCAGGUAGCGGUGGUACCGCUGGGCCACCUGAUGGCGAGGUCCAUCACCGACCGUGUUUUUUUCCAAGGGAGGGCGUGGGAGUUCACGCUCAACCCGGGGCCGUUCAACGUGAAAGAGCACGUCCUCAUCACCAUCUUUGCCAGCGCCGGGGCCGGAGCUGUCUACGCCAUCCACAUAGUCAGCACGGUCAAGGUGUUCUACGGGCAGAAGCUCACUCUCCUUGUCUCCUUCCUUGUCGUCAUCACCACCCAGGUGUUGGGUUUCGGUUGGGCGGGAAUUUUCAGGCGAUAUCUGGUGGAUCCGGCGGCCAUGUGGUGGCCGGGAAUUUUGGUCCAAGUCUCCCUUUUCAGAGCCUUUCAUGAGAAAGAAGUCCAAGCUAAGGGCAGGUUGACCCGAAACCAGUUCUUCCUAAUUGCCUUCAUGUGUAGCUUUGCUUAUUAUGUUUUCCCAGGGUAUCUCUUCCCCAUGCUUACCUCUCUGUCAUGGCUCUGCUGGGUCUUCCCAAAGUCUGUACUUGCUCAGCAGCUUGGUUCUGGCCUGCAUGGUCUGGGUGUUGGUGCGUUCAGCUUUGACUGGUCCACAGUCUCGUCGUAUCUAGGCAGCCCACUUGCUAGUCCUUGGUUUGCUACUGCCAAUCUGGCCGCUGGAUUUUUUCUAAUCAUGUAUGUGAUCACUCCUCUGGCUUACUGGCUCGAUAUCUACAAAGCGAAGACAUUUCCAAUCUUUUCAGAUGGUCUUUUCACAUCCUCUGGGCAAAAGUACAACAUAUCAAGCAUAAUUGACUCCAGUUUUCAUUUGGAUGUUGAAGCAUAUGAAAGGAAUGGACCAGUCUAUCUGAGCACAUUCUUUGCCUUCACAUAUGGUGUGGGGUUCGCUUCUCUGGCUGCAACUGUGGUUCAUGUUUGUCUUUUUCAUGGCAGAGACAUAUGGGAAUUAAGCAAAUCAGCAUUGCAAUCGAAACUGGAUGUCCACACAAGAUUGAUGCAACGGUACAAAAGGGUGCCUGACUGGUGGUUCAUACUCAUAUUAUCGGUUACCAUUGCUGCUGCAAUUUUUGCCUGUGAGUACUACAACGAGGAACUUCAACUACCAUGGUGGGGUGUAUUGUUAGCCUGUGGGCUCGCCUUUUUCUACACUCUUCCUGUAGGAAUUAUUGCUGCAACGACAAAUCAGAGGCCAACUCUGAAUAUCCUAACAGAGUAUAUCAUUGGGUAUCUAUACCCUGGUAGACCAGUAGCAAAUAUAUGUUUCAAGGUUUAUGGUUUUAUCAGCAUGAAACAGGCCGUGACCUUCCUUCAAGAUUUCAAGCUUGGUCACUAUAUGAAAAUACCUCCUCAGGCCAUGUUCACAGCUCAGAUAGCAGGCACAGUGAUCGCUGCUGUUGUACAUCUUGGGACAGCAUGGUGGAUGAUGAAUACUAUCCCCAAUAUAUGCAAUACAACGUUCCUCCCAUCAAACAGCCCUUGGAGGUGCCCUUCUGACCGUGUCUUCUAUGAUGCCUCGGUCAUCUGGGGCCUCAUUGGCCCUCGGCGCAUCUUUGGUGAUCUGGGCAUCUACUCAAGCAUCAAUUGGUUUUUCCUAGCUGGUGCUGUCGCCCCUCUUCUUGUUUGGCUUGGACAGAAGGCUUACCCAGACAGACAGUGGAUUAAGCUCAUCAACAUGCCAGUGCUUAUUGGUGCGACAGUGCAAAUGCCACCUGCUACUGCUGUCAACUACACCUGCUGGAUAGUCGUUGGAUUUUUGUUCAACAAUUUGAUCUACAGAUAUCACAGGGCAUGGUGGCGGCGACACAAUUAUGUGCUGUCUGCUGCCCUCGAUGCAGGAUUGGCGUUCAUGGGCGUGUUACUGUAUCUCUCUCUGGGAUUCCAAGAUAUUAAUUUGGACUGGUGGGGCAGUCAUCUUGACAUGUGUCCCUUAGCUUCUUGUCCUACCGCACAAGGAAUUCAUGUUGAAGGUUGCCCAGUUUUCUGAUAUGUUCUGUUUGUAACUGCCCCAUUCAAGCUACGGAAGCAUUUCCGUAGAUCUGCUCCUUCAUGUUCGACCAAGGUUGAAGUAUUAGAGUGUCAUUCUGGUUCGACGUUUGUAAAAAAGUGUAAGCGCGUAUCUGUUUAGUAGCAGAGAAGCUUUCUCCUGUGCUGCAAAAGGAAUAUGCGACGGAGGGUUCCUGGCUUACCAAUGUCAUCAACUUGCUGUCGACUAAAGGCUAUGUCUCCUGCGACGAUGGGAAAAGCGUUGGUUGGAACGAUUAGUUCCUCUCUAGUGUUUCUGUCACGUGUGCAUAUAAAUUGCUGUAAAAAUUUCAGAAAUGGUAAAGCUCUAUAAAAUUGUCUA